CAGAAAAUCAAAGGGAGAACAUGUCUGGGAAACUUGAGCAUGAGCUAGAGCUCGACGUGCCGGCAAGCACGGCGUGGGAUCUCUUCGGCACGAUCCGGAUCGCAGAACUUGUUGAGAAAGAGAUGCCAAGUUUGUUUCAGAAGGUGGAACUUGUUGAAGGUGAUGGAGGAGUUGGAACCAUCCUCAAAUUGACGUUUGUACCUGGUACGCCAGGGCCAUCAUUUUACAAAGAGAAGUUCACAAAGGUAAACAAUGAGGAUCGAAUCAAAGAAACUGAGGUAGUAGAAGGAGGAUACUUAGAAUUAGGGUUUACUGUGUUUAGAAUUCGUUUUCAUGUGAUAGAGAAAGGAGAAGAAUCGAGCAUCAUCAAAUCAACAGUUGAAUAUGAACUCAGGGAAGAUGCUUUGGCCAAUGCGCCUAUUGCUUCUAACGCAAUUCAAUCCCUAGCAGGCAUUACUCAAAUGGCCAAAGCUUAUCUCAACAAAAACAAGCUAGCCGAUCAACCCAACUGAUGAUUAGUAUUCCAUGUUUAAAUUGGUGGCUUUUUUUUUUUUUCUAGUUUAGAGUAUCCUCAAGUUACUUUGAACUUGAAACUAAUUUUUAUCGAGAACGUUAUAUAAAUCUCUAUUUUUCUUUUGCAAAUAAAUCUGGUUUCAAUUGUAUUAAAAUUACAUAGAUAUAUACUUACACGGCUCGU